GAUUCAAAUUCUCUCCCUCCUCACGCAUCCACAUCAUCACAUGUUUCCCUCCAAUCAUUUAAAAGCACGUCACCCUAUUCUUCCUUAAAUAGGCUUCAUCCUUACUCUUCCGCGUUAAAACCCAGGCCCCUACUCCCUUUCCCCCCUUUACUCAACCCAACAGUUUAUUUCUCGAUUUCUCGCCAAAUCUCCAGUGUUUGAUACCCAUGUCCGCCUUUUGUCUCCUACUCACCUCUCUUUCCUCUCCAGAUUUCCACUCUUCUUCUCCAAAUGUAGGUUCACAAUUUCCUUUCCAUUUCUCGGACCGCAGAAGAUUUCACAUCUUCUCCCCUUUUCCUCCGUCAAUUGGUUUCUGUGAAUGUGCCUAAAAUCCAUUUUUCCGUCACGGAGCCGCCUUGACCUUCUUCAUAUUGUACACCCUAUCGCCCCCUAUAUAGAAACCCUUCAUUCCUCCACGCCACCAUUCAGAAGAUCCCAGAAUCCUCCAUAGGCGGCCAUCUUCUGCAUACCAUCAACGCCGCAAUCGUCCCCCUUUCGCUUCUUUGUAUUUUCGCAGGUAAUUUUAAUAUUUUGGGUGUCUUUUUCCCUUAGCAUUUCUCUUUCAUAAGUGAUCUUUUUCGGCUCUGAAUUUUGGGUUUUGGGUUCUGAUUUGAUGAGAGGUAGGAAGAAGUGCGUUUGAUGAGAGUUAGGUAGAAUGUAGUUCCAAUUACUGCUGCAGUAUUCAGAAUUUACGUAAUUUGUGUGAUUUUCUUAACUUUGUGCAGGAUGAUUCCAGGCAUUGUAUUUUGGCUUAAGGGCUCUGUUUUGCCGAGGGGGAAUUCCCCAUUUAUGGCGGCUGUUCGGCUCCAACGCAGCAUCAUUUAUGGCGAUCGGCGCCAUUUUUGGUGGCAAUCGGCAUAUGGAGCGGCAAAUCUGGCGACGGGAAUGGCGAUUACUCCACUUAUGGAGUCUGAAAAGAGGUUGUGGCGGAACAACCGCCAGCCCCGGGACGUGCGGCGCACGCGGGCGGGGGAGCGACUCCCCCGCGCGCGUGCGCCACACGUCCCGGGGCUGGCGGUUGUUCCGCCACAACUUUUUUUUUUUGUAAUGUAAUUAAUGUUGAUUAGGUUUUAAAUGAUGGUUUAAUUAUGUAAUUGAUUAAGGAUUUAGUUAUGUUCAAUUAUGGCUUUAAUGAAUAUUUUUAUUUGUUUGGUUUUAUAGAAGGUGUUAUGAUUAAUUAAGGGAAUGAGAAUUAAUGUUUGUAUUAUUUAAGCUUCUUUAAAAAAAAUUUCAUUUGUGUUUAAUAUCUCGUUUAAUUUAUUUUAUUUGAUAUGAUGAUUUAAAUUGAAUUCAUUUUAUUUAAAAUUUAUGUUUAUCAUCUUGAGGUUGUGUGACUCGCUAAAACACAACACCUAACAAUGGCCAAGUGUAACCAAUGAAAGGGACUGCAGUAUAGUGGUACAAGUAAUAAAUAUCGAAUCCACGGGUCUCUAGAGUUACUAUUACUCAGCUUCAGUUCAUUAUCUAGCAAACUAGAUUAAGGAUUGAUUAACUAAACUACUCUACUAACUAAACUAAGUAAAACUACUAAUUACAGUUUGGGAACUCACUUAGGUAUGAUUCCCCCUAGCUCCUCAAUUAGGUCCAAGUUGUAAUUCAUUUUGGUUGAUUUACUGUUGAUUAAACUGCGGAAGAUCCGACAGUAGCUUGGAAUCUCUUAAGCUGACCAAGCCCUCUCAGUCUAACUAUCCGGCAGACGACUAGUCUUCACCGGGAUAAAAAGCUGAAGCAAUAAGCACAGAACUCCACUACUGGAAUUGGAUUCCAGUACAAAGCAGUAAACUGGCUAACUCUCGUAUAGCCAAUCUCCUACUACCGAAUGAUGAGACUCUAGCAACCUAAUCAGAUUCUAUCUAUCUCAGAUUGCAGCAGGAAUCAGGAAAAGUUGAUCAGACUUCAAUUGACUCAAUAAACAUGCAUCAUUCGAUUAUAAUCAAACAAUAUGGCAUCCAAAACUUCAUACAAGAAAGAUCCUAACUCAUGGAACUAAGGUUCCUCAAAACCUAAGUGAAGGGAAGUUACUCCAUAGAGAAGAGAGAGACUGCAGAAAUCUGAUCUAGAUCUUCAAUCUCCAUCUCCAAGCUUGAUUCCCGAGCUCCAAUGGCGAAGAAAUCCUCCAAAAUAGCUCCAAGAAUGUUCCCAAGUCGCUCUCUCUCUCUAGGGUUCGUCCCUUGGGUGUUUGGGAUCCAAAACCCAGCUCUCCUCUUCUUUGGUUCGGAAUUUGGCUUAAAACCAGGAAAUCCCGACUCGCACGGCCAGGGUGCACGGCCGUGCAUAUCACCAUUCUGGCCGUGCAACUCAAAACGCAGCGUGUCAUUUAGUCGAACUUCAGCCCUCUCGCACGGCCAGGGUGCACGGCCGUGCGAGCUUCAGGGGUUGCCCGUGCGUGUCCUCGGCAUAAGGCGCACGGCCAUAUUGCUCACGUGCACGGCCGUGCAGCCUCCCUGGUCUGCCCGUGCAGCUCCCCAAAAACCUCGCCAUUCGUCCGUUCUUCGUCCAAUCGACCCCAGACUCGCUCCUAAGCCUUCAUUCACGUACUAGGACCUGAAACAUCACAAACAAGCACAACCUAGCGUGAAAUCGGCCUAAAACACGAGAAUCAACACCUCAAACGGUGUAAGAAUGGGGGUAAAAACAUGUGUAAAUGACGGUCUAUCAAACUCCCCCACACUUAACCGUUUGCUUGUCCCCAAGCAAACCAAGUCAGACACUAGGCAAGCUUACACAUUUCAAUCAACCAACAUUGGGGACAAGUCAAAAAGGCACAGAACACGUGAAUCGCACUGGUUUUCAAACAUCAAUACAUGCACAACCUCAAUAACAACCUGGACAACCACCACAAAGGACAUUCGAGUGCAGCAAAUCGAGUAAAGGAAGAGUCUCCCUUCUGUUCACUGGCCAACCUAGACUUGAUUCAACCACUUACUCAAAACAGUCAACUCAUGCAUCCAACUCAAGACAUCAGAAUAGAGACCGAGCAAUCAAGGUCCUCACCGGGGUACAAGAGCAUAUAGAAAAUGAAAAUGAAUCACUCACUCUCGACCAGUGGGGUCAGGACAAUUUGAUGCGAAAGAUGCGCAUGCUAUUUCUCUCAAUCCCUAUCAUCUCUUCACCAUGAUGGCAGCCUCUAAAUGCUAGAGUUCACAUAUGGGGUGUCACCACUAACUAAUCAGGAGGUCUUAGACACAGGUUCAAAUGACUGGCUAGGGUCUUGGACAUGGGGAAAAGGCAUUUUAGGUGGGGGAAGUAUUCAUAGCACAAGGUUCCACAUUUCCAAACCCAAACAAUCACAGUCAAACAAACAGGUAUUUCCUUUCUGCUAUUCUGCAUUACUCAAUAUCUCAAGAGCACAAGAGCGAAGGAGGUAUAAAUGUCAGUAUUUCCCAGCCAGACUGCUAAGAAACACUACUUACUGGG